AGAUCUGGUUGAAUUUCUAAAUUUGAAUUUCGUUGUCUCCUUUUGUUUUAGAAAGCAUGGGGCGUGUUAAGCUUCAGAUUAAGAGGAUAGAAAAUAAUACCAAUCGACAGGUUACCUUCUCCAAAAGAAGAAAUGGACUCAUCAAAAAGGCCUAUGAGCUCUCCAUCCUUUGCGACAUUGACAUUGCUCUCAUCAUGUUUUCUCCCUCCGGUCGUCUCAGUCAUUUUUCCGGCCAGAGAAGGAUUGAAGAUGUACUGUCCCGCUAUAUAAAUUUACCGGAUCAAGAUAGAGGAAGUGUUGUGCGGAAUAGAGAGCUUUUGCUUAGUACCCUGAAGAAACUCAAAGCUGAAAAUGAUAUUGCUCUUCAGCUUGCUAGUUCUGCUACUACAAAUUCAAAUGUUGAGGAAGUUCAACGAGAAAUCAGUACUUUAGAACAACAGCUUCAAAUGGCCGAGGAACAAUUGAGGGUAUAUGAACCUGAACCUCUAACACUUUCAUCAAUGGAAGAGAUUGAAUCUUGUGAGAAGAACCUCAAAGAGGUCUUGGCCCGCAUCAUGCAGAGAAAGAAUUUUCUUUUGAGUAACCAUGUAUCUACUUAUAACGACCCAUCUAGUGUACAGAUAUAUUUGGACGCACAAGAGGGCUUCCCAAGCUCAUUUGAAAACGACGUCGUUAGUUGGUUGCCGGAGAAUGGACAAAACCCGAGCCAAUACUGUGCAGGAACCGAAUCAUCCUGUAUUCCAAUGACGAACCAUUCCUCCUCUUUGAUUUUUGAUCAGAUACAACAUGGAACAAACAUGAAAGUUGAUCAUUGUGAAAUGGGAGGAUGCCACGUCAGCAGUUUGAGUAACGACGGCCUUCCGUCGUGGCAUCACAAUUACUCUUCGUCGGAGCUCCUAUCGGCGUUCAUGUCUACCACCUCCUUCCCUCCUCCUCUUAUGAAGGGGCAGCAUGAAAGUGCAAGUCCAAGCAUUCCGUCUGUUCUAUCGCACCAGCAGGUUGAGUCAGCACUAAAUUGCUCUCAAAUGCCGUCCGGAGCUGAAGGUGCGAGCUACAAGAGCAAUAAGCUGCCACGUCUUAAUGUAGAUUGAAGACAUUCAUUAACUUAUUAGAUUACAUAAAUUUUGGGGCAUAACCUAUACAACCCAAAAAAAAAAAAAUUAUCCUUUUUUUUUUAUGAAAUUAAGUAAUAGAGUUUUAAGUUUUUU